CGAAUAGUAUACCAAGUGACAUCAUGGGCAACACGUCGUCCACCCCUGCUGUCGCGACGCCGUUGAAGCCGACCGCACAAGAAGGCUGUCCGGUAAAGCACAGCAAUGUGGCACCUGAAGGAUGCCCGGUGAAGCACAGUGGCAAUACCACAUCGGUGGUAGGUGAAGGCUGCCCCGUCGUGAAGAAGCAAAAGGUGUACAAUGUGUACAGCCAGGAAAUCGACCCCACCAACAACAUGCCGUCCAACCCGAACCAAGAACCCAACGAUGGGCAAAAGUAUCCGUUGAACACGACCCGUGUGACGUCGACGAUCCCGAAAGGCGGCACCGACGGCACAUGGACGUACCCUAGCGAACAAAUGUUCUUCAACGCGUUGCGACGCAAAGGAAAGGGCGAAGACGUGCACGAAGGCCAUGUCCAAACCAUCGUGAGCAUCCACAACAACAUGAACGAACGUGCUUGGAACCAAGUGGCCGCUUGGGAAGAGGCUUUACAUCCCGGAUCCGACUCGAAAUUGCUUCGCUUCUGCGGCCGGCCCGAUGACUUGACGCCGAUCGCACGUCUCAAGACGUUGUUCGGGUACGAUAAACCAUUUGACCGACACGACUGGGUCGUCGUGCGCAACGACAACACGGAGCAGCGGUACGUGAUCGACUACUACUUUGACGACGACAAAGCCGCAGAGGACGCCGUGCCGCGGCUGCACGACGUCACUAGCGUCAAGUCCAUCACCAUGUACGCGCGUCCUGCCGUCGACUCGCUCUCGGCCGUGGUGGACCGCAUCAAGUUCCCCCUCCUCAACCUCUUGGGCACCGCCCCCGCCGUCUCCUUCCCGCCGCCACCGCCCAGUGAUGAGGCCGACGCCAGUGCCAACAAUGAUGACCUCUUGACUGUCGAGCAAGUUAACGCCACGUUUGGCCAGAUCCAAGCCAACUGCAGCAAGUGCUUCACCAACGUCCAGACGUGCGCCGACGAGGUCGCGUGCACCCAAGCCGCGACGGCGCUGCAGUUUUGCAUGGCCAACAUCCUGUGCAAGCCGGACGCUGUCCAGUUCACGGCAGCGCUUGCAUCUGGCGACGAGGGCCGCAUUGAAGAAGCGUACGCCGCCAUGGGCAACUGCGUCGACCGCUUCGAAGUGCGCUCGCGGGCUGCCUUGCAACAACAAGCGCUCGAAGCCGCCCGAAAAGUGUCGGCGGCGUCGCAAUCAGCAUAGUACCCAACACUCGUCCAUUCAUAGAACUUUGCAUUCAGUGUGUAAACUGUACAAGUGCCAAACAUCUCAACCCCCCAUCG